CAAAGUGAAAAGGUCGUUUCUAUCAAUAAGACCUUCAAAUAGCUUAAAACAAAUACAUACGAUGGGUCAACAUGUGUCUCGCACUGAUUUCGAAUGGGUGUACAACGAUCAACCGCACAUUGGAAGACGAGAUGCCAUGCUGAAGAAAUAUCCGCAAAUCAAAAAACUCUACGGACCGGAUCCUGUGUUCAAGUAUAUUGUUUCAGCCAUGGUCCUAACGCAAAUCUUGAUGCUUUACGUAAUGCAAAAUCAAUCAUGGAUAAUGAUAACCUUAGUGGCAUACUGUUUUGGAGGAAUUAUCAACCAUUCGCUGAUGUUAGCCAAUCAUGAGAUAUCACACAACAUGGCAUUUGGCUACGGGAGACCAUUAGCAAAUCGUUACUUCGGAAUGUGGUGCAACCUGCCAAUAGGAGUACCAAUAUCGGUUUCGUUCAAAAAGUAUCAUACAUUGCACCAUAGGUAUCUGGCGGACGAAAAAUUGGAUCCAGAUGUUCCGAGUAUUUUGGAAGCUAAACUGUUCUGCAAUACAUUUGGAAAAUUUAUAUGGGUAAUCCUGCAGCCACUGUUCUAUGCUCUGAGACCGCUUUUCGUAAAUCCACUACCGGUAGAAAAGUUUGAAAUUAUCAACACAGUUGUGCAAAUAACGUUUGACGGUCUAGUGGUUUUAGUGUUUGGAUGGAAUAUGCUCGCAUAUCUGCUCAUUGGAUCCUUUCUAGCUAUGGGUAUUCACCCGGUGGCAGGUCACUUCAUUGCCGAGCAUUAUAUGUUCGCAAAGGGUUUCGAAACGUAUUCCUACUAUGGUCCUCUGAAUUGGAUCACUUUCAACGUGGGAUAUCACAAUGAACAUCAUGAUUUUCCGGCGAUUCCGGGUAGCAGACUCCCCGAGUUGAAGAGGAUAGCACCAGAGUUCUACGAUACCAUUCCUCAGCAUACGUCCUGGGUGCGGGUAAUGUAUGAUUUCGUUACGGAUCCAGCCGUUGGUCCAUAUGCACGAAUCAAGCGACGUGCGUUGCAGAAAGCCGGCUGAAAAUUCUCCUAUCGGUGAGUCAGCCUCGUACGAUUGUGUGAAUUUUUAUACCGACAGGAUGAUAAGCUUGGGUAGAUUCACGUUGGUAGACAAUAAUAAAUUAUAUUCCAUUGAUAAGCGAAGUGCUUUU